UUACUUGAUUCUUACUUUCACCAACUAUCAAUAUGUAAUGCAUAACACAUUGAAUUCUACAGCACAAUUUUAUUAUUUCCUGUUUACUAGAAAACAUAAAUACAAGUAUAAGUUAAUCAAACAAAUCGGUAUGCAGCGAAGCAUGAUGAUUGCUAUCACUGCACACUUCCAAAGCACAAAUAAUAGUUUUUACACCUUGUACAAUUAUCAUUUAAAUGCCUAGUAAUAUGUAUGAGGUAAUGUAUGCACAUGUUUAUUUGUCAUGUAUAUUUUGAGCUUACCUAGCAUUACCACGACUUUCACAAAAUUAAAUUUGACAAAAUCAGAUAAGCAAUUGAACAAGUUUAAAUACAACGUGUUUUAGACAACAUGGAAAGCUAUCAACAUAUUGUAUAGGAGGUUUCGUUAUUUUAUAGGCACAACGCAAAACAAUGUUGCUCACUGCUCGGGAAAUGCUGUGUGAAUUGAGUGUCAUUGUUUAUGUUAAAAGGCCCGACAUAACAUUAAGUGGUUGACCGUGGUUAUAUAUCCACGAGUUCAUGUCUUCUACAUACUUAGGUCACCAAUCUUCUCCUAUCUAGCCCGUAUUCUGUACAGCUGUGUAUGUGUGUGAAAUGUUUCUAUUAGGAGAACCACCUUGGUUUAAAUAACUACAAAUGUAUUUGACCAGGAGGCUUCUUGUCUGACUUGGAUCUGCUAUGAAUGUUGUUGAGUGCAGGCCUCUUGUCGGAUACGUAAUAAAUACACCGAAUGUCAAUAUAUUUUACGGUACCGAUCCCGUUUAAACAGAAUACUUACUUACACAUCACACUUGAGCUCUUAUAAGAUUUAUGUUCCUUGUAAAGCUGACAAGUUUUAUUUUAUCUCGAAAGUUAGUUUUGGUUUUGAUGAAACAAAACAAACAAUGACAAUACACAGGUGUUAAUAUACCAGCUGUUUCCUACCAUUGUUUUAUUACGUGGACGUUUUAACGGUAAUAUAAAUGUUAUUAUCUUAUUAUAUUCGACAGCUUGGAUGCCUUUGUAACAUGUAUAACUAUCCGACGAAUGACUGAUAUGGUGUUCCUGAGCUGUCGUGACUGUUCCUGUGUCUAGAAUGACUUUAAUAGCAUUAAACACGCGUUCCCGGAAAGUGUUCGCCAUUUUGUGGGCAUUAUUGGAGAUAUUCCUAUUUGCUGGACUGUUUUUCGGCUGGGGUACCCUUGUAUUCAUGCUUAAGGAGGAAGGGGUGUAUGGUUAUCUCUGUGACACUGAAGCAACUGGAUCCGAUGACAUGCAGUACGGGUUAACGCCCAGAACUUUGUAUUAUGGUAAUGUUAAUGUAACUCUAUACAGUGGUCAUACUUCCGCCGGAUAUGACGUUUACAGUGAAAAUGUGACUCAGGAACUGAAGAAUAAUGCUACUAACAAAAACAUUGCCAGAGUUUUGGGCACAAAAGUGGGAUGUCCUGCUCAAGAUAAGAAAUUUAACUUGGGAUUUACCAUUGUAAGCGGGCUUUGGCCAUUUUUCUAUGGCAUAUUAGGACAACUCGGACACAAGUUUGGAACUCGCUUCCUCAGGCUCAGUAGCAUAUUUAGUUUUAUGGUAGGCUCAUUACUGGUAGCAUUCACUACACCCGACCUCCCCUGGUUGGCUUUCGUCGGGAUGUUCCUGUACGGUAUAUCCGGAUGUAGUCUUCUAUUCUCUAAUUUUCAGUUAUCCUACCUUUUCGAGAGCGGACGUUCAUUAGUGAGCAGUUUGAUGACGGGUUCGUUUGAUUCCUCCAUUGCCACCCAGAUCUAUAUAAAGAUUGGAUACGACGGCGGCAUCAAGAGGCAAUAUUGUUACAUCAUUGUAGCUUGUUUGCACAUAAUGGCGCUCAUCAGUACCUUUCUUUGGCUCCCAAAAACUUACAUAGAUCUUCCUGAGGUACAUGAUGAAACAAUAGUCGUACAUUGUAACGAGGAAGAAAAAAUGGAUGAUAAAGAGACGUCUGAGAAGAUCAUAAGUUUAGAGGAAAGAAAACAAAUAGACGAGCAAAAUGGCAAAGAGACAGAACAAGAUGAUGCCUCCCAGACUCUGAAUACAAUACCAGUCAAGACGAACGAUUCCGAUCUAGGACUCCGCGAUUUCCUUCGUUCGCAUCUUUUCCUUUUACACGUUUUCUGGUACAGCGUUCUCCAGCUGAGGUUUUUCUAUUUUGUGGGUACACUGAAUCCCUGGCUAGAGAGAGUCCUUCAUACCGAGGAAGAAGUGAGUCGUUACACAGAUGUCAGUAUGUACUUUAUGCUGGGAGGUAUUGCCACCUCAUCCAUGGCAGGUUCUUUCUUCGAAAUGCUGAAGCGGAGAUAUAAAGAUUGUAAAAAUCCCCGAAGGCGAAAAACUGGCCCAGUCGUACUACCCCUGAUGACUGGAACAGCCCUUGGGGUGCUAUUGUCAGUGAUGCAGAUGAUCCCUGACCAGGGAGCCAUUUACGCGUCUUUUUUCUCAGUGACGGCCUUCAGAUCCUUCUUAUACGCAAUCGGAAACGGGUACCUAAGCGAAAUGUUCCCAAGCAAGUAUUUGAACUCUCUAUCGGGAAUUCUCAUGGUUGUAACUGGAGCUUCUAGCUUUUUCCAAUAUCUCUUCUUCUACUGGACAGAGUUAUAUUCCGGGGCGUUUCUACACGUGGACAUAAUGCUAGUUUGUUUAGUGCUAACGUCAUUGAUUCACCCAAUAUAUCAAUGGUUUAAAUGCCGGAAGCUUGACUGACCAGCUUACGGAAUAUAAAUACCGCCAAGACGUGAAUAUGUAUCUUCGUUAACCUGGAAUACUCGGAUCUUAUUGGUGUUUUUAUGUUUGUGUCCAUCUGAACACGCCCAUCGUAACUCGAUGUAGUGAUAAGUGCACUUCUCGCGAUGUUCAACACGGCAGGGAAACUACGUCUGAAACGUUACUAAGAACAAGAUGGCACAUUCAUCUCUCGCUUCUCGAUAAGUCUAUCUUACUUUUUACUCGUAUCCCCGACUUUCCAUUUGAUAUGAUCGCAAAUACAUUUGAUGCAUCCAAGAUUCUUUGACUUGCAACGGAUUAUUAACAGAAUUUAUGGUUGCUUCAAACAUUGAAAUACCAUCCUCAUAUAUUCUUAACUUUGACAGUGUUUUUUGUCAGGACAAUCACUUAAAACUGUAUUAUUUUCCAUUUUCAACUAAUAACGUUGUUCUAGUUAAUAGGAGUAUCGUGUUAAAAUGAACGUGUUUUUGACAUUAUUCCAUCUCAGUAUUCCGUCUAAGCUUAAAUUGUCAGAUGAAAUUACGCCCUGACGUAAACACCGUCAAAGUUACGAGUAAACAACCACAAAUUCUGUGAAUAAACCGUAGCCAGUCAAAGAAUCGUAGAUGCAUCAAAUGUAAUGCAUCGUGUACAGUAUGGCUUCAUCCUUCCAACACUUGACUAAGAUCAUUGUCAUUGUCUCGCUUUAACCAUAGUGAUAGAUCAACUAUUUGUUUUCUGGUAAUUGUGUUACAUCUCCAUGCAAUGUUUUUUUUUUAUUUCAUUCAACAGUAUUUAAUGAAUAACAAAUUGAAUUCGAAAUAUCCUGUCUAGAUUAUAGAAAAUAAAGAAUAUUGACAUGAUAACAAAACCAUAAUUCAAACUCCAGGUCGAGUAAACGAGGGUAAUAUAUACAUAAUUGAAUGGAGAAAAAGACCAUGUGAUCAAGAGUAGUAAGCGUCUUCUGCUUCAUCGACGAUACCCAGUCAUGAAAAUUGAUGCCAAAUUCUGGUUACGUCAUAAUCUCUAGUGAGAAUUAGGGUAGUGAUAACGGAAACAAUAGGCAUAUCAGAAAAUUACACGAAGAAAACAAUUAAGUUUUACUAUUACAAUGAUGUAUGAAAGAAUGCAGACUAAUAAAAACUGCAUAUGUAAUAGAUAUACUUCUUUAUCUCAAGAUGUAUUUUUAAAAUUAAUGAUGGAUAAAAAUGUCAAUUUUAAUAAAAUUGAUAACAAAACAUGUAAAUGUGGUUGUACAAAUGGAAAUAUUUGUUAGAUAUGUCUCUGUGUUUAGAUGUACAAAAUAGUUGAUUCCUUGAUAAAUAUAAUCGUUUGCAGUUGAUAUUGGCUGUAUAAUAAUGAGAGAAAUAAAGAAUUAUUGAAAGAGAAUGAAAGAUACAAGAUAGAAGCAUAUAUACUGUACCAUGCAAGUACAUCAUAUAAUUGGUCAUGUAGUCAAGUAAAUUGUCGAAUUUUUGGCUGCAAUCUGUCUCUUUAUCAAAUAAAAAUGAAACAGUCACAAGAGUUUAUUAGAUAAAAUUUGUUAAAAUAAAAUCCCAAUGUAGGGAUUAUGUAAAUAAAUGAAGUAAUAUUUUUCAUUCUAUAAAAUUGAAUCAACGAGCUCAUACAUGUACUAAAAGUAUUUCAAAAUAAAGGAAAUACCAGACGCCUAACAGAAGAAAAUAUAGUAAAGUGUUCUACCUCUGAAACAAAUUUCUAUCUACAGAAAAAACGUAUGGUACAAUAUAUAGUAAUAUUUUCUAUAAUUCUAUCAAGUUUCAGUUUUUUUAUUAUUUAUCUAUAACAAGUUAUCAAUUUGGGUAUUUUCUUUUCAGAGUCUCUGCCUAAAACAUCAUAUAUUUGGAUAAUGUCAAUUGAUAUCUUAUUUUAAGUUUUUCUGGUUUUACAAUGUAAUUUUUUAACAUUGCGGUUGUUAUUGGUUUUAUUUCAAUUAUUUGUGUUACUAUCAGAUUUCCCACUUUGCUUGUGUACAUUUCAUAUGACCUCAAUCUAAUUAUUUGUUUAUUCGAGAAAAAAAUGUUUAUCUAAAUGGGAUCACCAAAAUGAGAGAUUACGUAUGAUAGUCAUGUCGUUUUCUUCAUCUAUUGAACAUUAUUUGGUUGAAUUUAUUACAUUUCUCUAGACAGAAUUGAUUGAGAUUGUCUUUCGAUUGAAAUAUUGUUAUAAUCAAGAAUCAAUUACUACUCCUUUGUGGUGUUCACAAUUCAUUCAAAGAGGUAAUACCUUUGAUACCUGAAGGUGUUUUGUCAAUGUGUAUUGGUUGAACCCAGAAGUGUGCCUGUCGGAGAAAAGCCACCUUUGUCAUUUACUAUGAGUGAUCUGAUUCAUAGGCACACGCCAACUCCACAUGCUGUGUCUAUUCCGAUAUCAUACCUUUGUCGUUCCGGGCCAUUACAUAAUUAUCUAUAUAUGUAUAUGUUUUUGUGAUGUAUUCGUACCCGAUGCACACACGUCGUUGAAAUCUAUAUAUUGGAUAUUUCCUUUGUUAGUGUUUCAUUAGAAUGUUAUUGCUAUGGAUUUAUUGUGUUGUAUAUUUUACCUGUUACUUCUGACACAUAUCAAUCACAACUUAAAUGUCACACCUGUGCCAAACACAAAGGUAAAAGCAGGCCCUCUUUGUUACCGGGUGGCGAGUGCACGUGGCAGGUAAACACAUAUAGAUAAACAUACAACCGCAAAAUACAUAAUAGGAAGUUCGGUGAGUUCGUAACCUGUACACAUAUUGUUUGCAAUACAUGAAGUUAUUAAUCAGGUCUUAUACUUAAAUGUGCAGUUCUUAUGAAAAGUAUAGCUAGAUAAAGUUUGCAUCAUAUCUAUAAAUAGAAUUCAAGAUAAAUCAAUUCUAAAAUCCCCUUGGUCAAACCACAAAAAAGUGAUAUCUUCUAAUCUCAAUCAAAAGGUUAUAAUUAGCUGAUGAAAAUUUUCAGAAAAUCUUAACAUGAUCAGUCACUAUUAAAAACGUAUUAUUUUCAUUGCUCGAGAUCAUUAGCUUAUUAAUUGAGAAAUGCAAUCAAUUAAUGAUUCAAGCCAAUUUUCGCGUGUAUUUUUCUGCAUAAACUACUAAAGAACAAGUAAAUCAUGUUAAUUUUCUGUUUUAUGUUUUCUACGUCUAUUUUCACAAGCAAUUAUACAUUUGUAACUAAGGCCUGUUGGACAUCACACUGGUAUAACUACAAUAAAUGGCUAUUAAGUAUAGUUAUUAGUGGCGGGGUUAGG